UGACAAAAAUGGUAUAGAGAAGAGUGAGAAGAGAGCCAAGUAUUUCGAAAAGCUCACUAUUUCUCAUUCAUCAAGAACUUGAGUGAGAGAGAGAGAAAAGAGCUCUUCACCUCUAGAACUCAGAUUCUCUCACGAGCUUUAGGAUCCUUCCUGCUCCUGAGUCCUGACUCGUCUCAAGAUCCGAAUCCAGGAUCUUCUCGGAUUAAAGAAGCAUUAACCGUAAAUGCAGAAAACAAGAGCAACGUUUCGUCACAAAGAUCAAACAAUGUCUCAGUCUGUAGAUCGGCAAACUGAUCUGGUCGGACACAACAACAACAACAACAACAAAGUGAUCACUAACCCACUGGCUAUGAGUCUCUUGAUUGGUCUGAAGAAUGACAAGUGCAUCUCAGAUUCUGAUUUUGUCAGAAGCCCUAAAUCUCCUCUGGAGUUUAAGAUGUUGUCUACAAUGGCUGCUGACCCAUUCUUCCUCAGAUCUCGUAGAUCCUCAUUCACUGCUCAUCUUAACUGCCCUGCUAAAGUUGGGUUAAGCAUUGUGGAUUCUCUCGGUGAUGAUCGGGCUCUGUCACCAGAUGUCGUGUUUGGACCAGCCUUGAGGAUCAAGUCCUCUGAUAUCAAGGACAAACAUCCCAAGUCCUUGAAGAUCGAAAAGGACAGAUCUGGUGUUAUCUUCGAAAUCGGCUCAUUUUCUGCGGAUGAUUGUCCGACAAAGACCCGAGUUCUGUCUCAAUCCAAGUUUCCAAGGAUUGGUUCAGACAAUGCAUUCUCAUCUGAGGAUGAGAUGGAGAUGUCAGAGGACUACACUUGUAUCACUACACAUGGUCCUAACCCGAAAACCACUCAUAUUUACGGUGACCAAGUUUUAGAGUGUCACAAGAAUGGGGAUGAUAACAAAGACAAGAGUAUCGAGACAGAGUUGGAUUCCAUGUUUACUUUGGACAACUUCCUCAGCGUAUGUAACUUAUGCAACAAGAAACUUGUACUUGGGAAAGACAUAUAUAUGUACAGAGGAGAGAAAGCUUUUUGCAGCGCAGAGUGUCGUUCAGAGGAGAUGACAAUAGAUGAGGAGGACGUGCAAGAUUCUUGCGUAGUUAUGCACGGAUCUCUAAAGAAGCUCCUCUUCUGAACAAGAAGCGGCUAAUAAGACGAUGGUCAUGGGACGAGCUUUUAUAGACCCGACCAUCGUGUAUUAACUACCUAAAAAGACUUAUUAUAUAAUGUAUUGGAUAGUAGGUAACGUUUUGGCACUACUAAUCUGGUUCAUCCGUCUACAAUACAAAGAGCUGUGUUUAUGCGCAUCUAUUAUCAGCUGCAGCAGCCGCGGAUGGAUUAGGCGGCCUUCGUUUUCUUUGUAUAUUCUGUAAUGGGUUUCAGUUUCUUCUUGGGUUUCGAUACCUAAGUUGAAGACUACUACUAAGAUCGUAACUGAAUAAGCCUCGUAAAGAGAGGGAUUGUGUAAACUACUCCAUUUUCUUCAUAGUUCGAUUAAUUAAGACAAUAAAUUUAGAGAU